UCCGACUCAUUUUGCAAGAACAUCCGCCGUUGUCCCCUCUCUCUCUCUCUCUCUCCCUCUCUCUCUCCGCCUUCGGUGCCGGGGCGCCGCAAGAAUCGCCGGAACCUGGUUGGUUUCGGCAGCGCGAAGCAUUCUCGGGUCGUCAUCAUUUUUGGGUCUGCCCUGUUUUCUCCGGAGGAGGGCCGAGUUCAAGCCGCGGGCAAAUCCGUUCUUGUGAGUUGGCCAUGUGGGUUUGAGAUGCUAAACUGGAAGACUAUUGAAAGGCUGUCACAAUUCAUUAUCUCCAUCUCAAGGCUAUGUAGAGUCUUUUUAGUUGAGGCAGUGAACUAUUCACUCCAGUGUGGUUCGUGGCUUAAGAUAAAUGUUUAAUGUGAUGAUCUACAGCUUCGGUUUCAUCUUGCAACCUCAGCUACUCCUUUGAAGGCUCUUAGCUGGUCUAAAGUGCUCAUCAACAGUGUAGAUUAUUAUCUGAGGAAAUGGAUCGCUGUGACACUUCAGGUUUCGUUAGCGGAGGAGGAAUGCGCUACUCGAUGGACAUGUAAUGUAGAUACAUUUCUUGUUUUUUUUUGCUAAUUUAGACACACCAGAAAUCAGGCAGGCCGCCACACACUGUUUAGAUAAGACACAUCGGUAGUCAUCUCAUGGACCCUAGAUUUCAGAACUUGGGUUUUGCUGCCAAUUCUUCUUCAAAUGCCUUCAAGACAUUGGGCAAUUUACCUCAUGCCCAAGGAACAGGUGUUGAAUAUGGUACCGACACCAUUUUACAACUUGAUUCCCCUGCUUCGCUUUGUCUCUUGUCUGCCUCGAAGGGAGUCAAACGCAAGUGGAAAAUGAUUGAUGGCUCCAUCAACCGGCAAGUUGGCUCGUCCUUGUCUCUUGGGCUAGGUCAGCCUUCAAGUUCCUCGGACAGCAAGGGAAGUUCAGGAACUGCCUGCACUACAACAUCUUCAGCUAAGGAAACUGACGAGGAAUCGUCAAUGGAUCUUGAUCUGGAUUUCACUCUGAGUAUUGGCAAUGAUAAGGCACCUUCCAGGAAGAAAGUUGCUAGUCCUGGUACGAAAGCCUUGGAGUUGCAGCCUAAGGUUGACUUGGAGCUAAGUCUCUCUACUGGGCCUUCUGAGUCUGAUAUAACCUGCAUUCAUCCAAAUUCUUCUCAAAUAUGUUCUGGCCUGGAGAUUCCCUUAUGCAUUGGUGGGUACACAAAUGUAGAUGAAAGAUCAACAUCGAGUUGCUGGAAAUCAGGGAUAUAUUUGGAUCCCUUUCACAAGGUGAACAAAGAUAAUAGCUUCUUUCAGGACCAGGUUUCUGAAAAGACAGAUUUGGUCCCUGCUGUUCCAGACCUGUCUUCAAGCGUAAUAUCUACUCCAAAGAGUUCGAUCACCUGUACCUCUGGCCAGCGAAGUAGUACUUCAAAAAUGUGCCAGGUUGAGGGAUGUGGGAAGGGGGCAAGAGGUGCCUCAGGGCGUUGUAUAUCCCAUGGAGGUGGCAGAAGGUGUCAAAAACCUGACUGUCACAAGGGGGCCGAGGGCCGAACUGUGUAUUGCAAGGCCCAUGGAGGUGGUCGGCGUUGCGAGUUUCUGGGAUGCACCAAGAGUGCAGAAGGGCGCACAGAUUUCUGCAUCGCCCAUGGAGGUGGUCGGAGAUGCACCCACGAUGGUUGCACUCGAGCUGCACGAGGGAAGUCGGGCUUGUGUAUCCGGCAUGGUGGAGGCAAAAGAUGCCAGAAAGAGAACUGCACAAAGAGUGCCGAAGGUCUCUCAGGUCUUUGCAUCUCGCAUGGAGGCGGCCGCCGCUGCCAAUAUACAGGGUGUGCGAAAGGGGCACAAGGGAGCACCAUGUUUUGUAAGGCUCAUGGUGGGGGUAAGCGGUGCACGUUCAUGGGUUGCAACAAGGGUGCUGAAGGGAGCACCCCCUUUUGCAAAGGUCAUGGUGGGGGAAAGAGGUGCGCCUUCCAAGGUGGGGGAGUUUGUUCCAAGAGUGUGCAUGGUGGCACCAAUUUUUGUGUGGCUCAUGGGGGUGGGAAACGUUGCGCUGUGCCUGAGUGCACAAGAAGUGCGAGGGGUAGGACCGAUUUUUGUGUGCGUCAUGGUGGGGGCAAAAGAUGUAAAUUUCAUGGGUGCAGCAAGAGUGCUCAAGGAAGUACGGAUUUUUGCAAGGCGCAUGGUGGUGGGAAGAGGUGCUCUUGGGGACAGCCAGGGUCUGAGUUCGGGGAUCACAAUACUGGUUCAUGCAACUCUUUUGCCAGGGGAAAGACUGGUCUCUGUGCACUCCACAGUGGAUUGGUGCAGGAUAAAAGAGUCCAUGGGGGUGUCAGUGUGGGGCCUAUAUUACAUGGUCAGAAAGUUAUGCAGCCUGAAGAGAUGGAAGAGGUUGCGAAUGGUGAGGAUAUGAAUAUCGAUGUUGGAAAUAUCUGCAAUUUGGAUUUGAACCAAUAUGGGCCCGGUAGUUCGAAAUUGCCCACUGCGCAAGGCCUUCCUGCCGAGUCGACCAUUGCUUCGGAAGGUAGGGUACAUGGUGGUAGUCUGAUGGCAAUGCUCAGUGGUGGCAUGGCUCUUGGCUCGGACAAGGACAUAAGCUUAGAGAGUGAUGCACCCGAAAUAGGAAACUCAUUGAUGGUGCCACAAAGGUGGAUAUAAGCACAUUAGGCAACUCUCUCCUCCAAAUUAUAGUUGCUGAAGUUUCCCUGUAUGUUUUCCAUCUGUCAGUUCUGGUUUGUUUGCGUUAGGUUGUGAGUUAGGUAGUAAUGAUUGAAAAUCUGGAGCAAAACUAAGGGUUAUGAACUCAGUAGUAUAUAGGCAUAGCGUUUGGCAAUUGUGGUUUUCAUGAAUUCUCUUGUACAUGUAUAUUGUUAUCCUCAGGUCCUCAUGUGUAGUGUUUCAUAAUAACGUGUGACAUUUUGGCAAUAAAAUAGCUCCUUUUCACCGUC